GUUUCUCAGCAAUGGCAUCGCCCAGCACACUCCUGUCGGCAGAGCACUUCACGUGUUCCCUGUGUCUUGAGGUGUUCAACAACCCGGUCUCCACUCCAUGUGGCCACAGCUUCUGCGUGGCCUGUAUCAGCAGCUUUUGGGCACAAGGUGACCACUGUCUGUGUCCCAAGUGUGAAAAGAACUUCCUUGGAAGACCAGAGCUCUGUGAUAACACCUUUGCCAGAGACAUGGCUGAGCAGUUCAAGAGAAUGACAGCUAGUGGAUCUGAUGUAUCCAUCCCUGGACCAGGGGAGGUGCCAUGUGACAUCUGCCCAGGAAGGAAGCUCAAGGCCCUGAAGUCCUGCUUAGUGUGUCUCACCUCCUACUGCAAGACCCAUAUUGAGCCCCAUCAGAGGGUAGCAACACUGAAGAGGCAUAAGCUCGUUGAUCCCAUCAAUGAUCUUGAAGACAGAAUAUGUAAGAAGCAUGAGAGGUCUUUGGAGCUCUUCUGUAGGAAUGACCAAGUGUGUGUGUGUGUGCUGUGCUAUGAGACUGACCACAAGACCCAUAACACUGUCCCAGUGGAGAAGGAGUGGACAGAAAGGAAGACUAAAUUGAGGAAGACUGAAGCAGAAGUUCAGCAGAUGAUUCAAGACAGGGUGAAGAAGUUAGAGGAGAUUAAAGAGUCUGUAAAGCUCAGCAAGGUCAACACAGAGAAGGAGAUUGAGGAUGGAAUCCAGGUCCUCACCAAUCUAAUACAAGCCAUUCAACAAACCCAAGUGGAGCUCAUUGUCAAGCUGGAGGAGAAGCAAAGAAUAGCUGAGAGGAGGGCUGAAGGACUUAUUAAGGAGCUGGAGAAGGAAAUCAUUGAGCUUCAGAGGAGGAACACUGAGCUGGACCAGUUGUCGAACACUGAGGACUACAUCCAUGUUCUACAGAGGUGUUCAUCCCUUUGCACCCCUCCACACACCAUGGACUGGUCUGAGAUCACGGUUUAUGCUGACCUCUGCAUCAGUACCAUAAGAGCUGCUGUGACGACAAUAGAGAAUCAUCUCAACACUCUAGAGCACAAACUUUCCGAAAGAGAGCUCAAGAGGAUCUUUUGUUAUGCAGGGGACGUGACUCUGGAUCCCUGGACUGCAAACCCGUGGCUUGAUGUUUCUGCAGAUGGGAAACAGGUGAAGGAUGGAGACAAACAGCAAUGUUUUCCUGACAACCCGGAGAGGUUUGACACGGCACCUUGUGUCCUCGGGAAAGAGGGCUUCUCUUCGGGGAGGCACUACUGGGAGGUGGAGGUGGUGGGAAAGACUGCGUGGGAUCUGGGCGUGGCCAGAGUGUCGGUCAAGAGGAAAGGUGUGGUCCGUCUGAGCCCAGAGGACGGCUUUUGGACCGUGUGUCUCAGGAGGGGCAAUGAGUACAGGGCUUGUGACGAACAGGCUGUGCUCCUUCAUCUGCACGAGAAGCCCCGUAAACUGGGUGUUUAUGUGGACUGUGAGGAGGGACAGGUUUCCUUUUACAACGUUGAUGCCAGAUCUCAUAUCUACACUUUCUCUGGUUACAACUUCACUGAGAAGUUACUACCGUUGUUCAACCCUGAUAUGAACGAUGAUGGAAAUAACAGGGCUCCUCUUGUUAUUUCCCUUAUCAACCACAAGGGAGGAGAUGAAUUUAUACUCUAA